AUGGCACACCAAAAGGCCACAGGAUUUGAGUUGGUUAGGGUUUUUGUAGGAUUUCGCGGUCGGGGUCGUGGUCUCUGGCACCUCGACGUCGCGGUCGGCACCGACCACCUCGCCACGCUGCUCGCCAAAGAGCUCCUCCCGCUCGACCGCGAUGGCGGUGACUUCGCGGCACGAGCGGCCUCGCCUCAGCCAGGGAGUGUGGGGGUCGUGGCGAGCCCCGCCGUGGACGAGGAGGCGACCCGGAAGCAUACUCGCGGGAGCAGGGCACUGGUGGCGCCCGGCACGGUGGUGUUCACGGAGGUGCUCGGCCGGACGCUCAGUGGGCGGCCGCUACUGUCGGCGCGACGGCUCUUUCGGCGCCUCGCAUGGCACCGCGCUAGGCAGAUUAUGCAACUCGAUGAGCCAAUUGAGGUUAAAAUUUACGAGUGGAACACCGGGGGUCUACUGACAAGAAUCGAGGGGCUGAGAGCAUUCCUUCCUAAAGUUGAGCUUAUGGACAGAACAGGUACAUUUACAGACUUGGAAAACAAAGUUGGCUGCAGCAUUCGUGUGUGCAUUGCAAGGCUCGAUGAAGAAACUAAUGACCUGAUAAUUAGUGAGAAGAAUUUUUGA